AUGUCAGUAGCAAUAACAUCCAAUAACAAUAAACAACCACAACCACAACCACAACCACAUCUAAAAGUGGUGAAUAAUAAUUCAACUUUUAAUCUAUAUACUUGGUUAAGAUCAGUGUUUCAAUAUUGUAUAUCAUUAAUCAUUUCAUAUACUUCCAACUGGUUAUUAGUGAAUAAUGACAACAACAACAACAACAUCAACAUCAACUACAAAAGUAAUAACAAUGACAAUAACAAUGCUAGCACAUCAUUACAACCAAAAAUAUCUAAUGUCAAAGCCGAAUCAAUGAAAAUAUUCCCUGAUUUACAAAAGAGCAAUUUCACAACUUAUUAUACUACAGAAAAACCAUUACAUCAAGAUGUUUUAAAACCAGUGAUUUGUUCAACUGGUAUUACUAGUAGAAUUUUACCUUAUACCAAUGAAAAAGGUGAAUUGGAAUGGAAAUUUACUGAAGUACAGGGGAAAGAAUUGGAUGAAUUCAAAAUGCAUCCACAACAACAACAACAACAACAAGAAGUUAAACAAGAAUUAUCCCCUGCUGAAAGUAAUGAAAGUAAUGAAAGUCUUGCUAAAGAUAGUUCAACAACUCCAGCUAGUAUAAGUGAUUCUCCACUGCAUUCUGAAACUGAAUCAACAGUAUCUUCUACUAUUAUUGCCAAUUCUAAUCAAAUUUUCAAAUGUCCUAGUUGUGAUGCCGAGUUUAGAGUUCGUGGUUAUUUAACAAGACAUAUGAAGAAACAUUCUACGAAAAAAGCUUAUACAUGUCCAUUCCAUGAUAAAAGUAUUUAUGUUGAUGAAAAUAAUAUAACUCAUAAAUGUCAUUCUAGUGGAGGGUUUUCCAGAAGAGAUACUUAUAAAACCCAUCUUAAACUGCGUCAUUUCAAUUAUGCAAAACCAAUAAAAUCAGCAGAACGUUCAAAAGUCCCUGGACAAUGUGCCAUGUGUGGUGAACAUUUUAAUAGUGCCGAAAUAUGGUGUGAGAUUCAUGUUGAAGGUGGUGAAUGUAAAUUUUUACCCAUGGGAUUUAAAGGUAAAUCAAGAAUCAAGAAUAGAUUAAAGAAACAAAUACAGAAAAACAAAAUGAUUGAUCCUGAAUUGGUACCGUUUGCUAGUAAAGUUUUAGAAGAAGUUGAACAAGAACGACAAAAGAAGAAGAAUUAUAGAACUACUGGUACUGGUAGUGAAUCAUCAAUACAAUCUCAAGAGAGUGAAAGUUCAAUAAAUUCAACACCUUUAUCAAUGCAAAUUUCAGCACCAGUACCGAUGCCAGUAUCAAUUCAACAACAACACCAACACCAACACCAACAUCAUCAUCAUGUGCAAAAUCAACAUCAACAACAUGUAAAUCAACAACAAUCAAUUGCCACUCCAGCAUCGAUAUAUUCAUCUUCAGCGUCGUCUACAUCAUCAUAUGAAUCCACCCAUUCACCAUAUACUCCACAAUCAUCUCGUUCUCCAUUGAGUCAUAUGUAUAAUCCCCAACAACCACCUUAUUUCAAUCAAAUUGCUCAAGCUCAUCAACAAGAUGGUCAAAAGAAUCAAGUCAAAGAUGAUUAUGACGAUGAAUAUUGUCUUGAUGUUGAUCAAUUGAAUACUACAUUUGUUAAUGAAACUGUUGCCAAUUAUUUACAAAUUCAUGAUUUCCAUUCAAUGAAUCAAUAUCAACCUGGUCAACAGCAACAACAACAACAACAGCAGCAGCAGCAGCAGCAACAACGACAACAUCAACAACAACAACCAUCAAUGUAUUUCUGA